AUGGCGCCGCUUAGAAAAAGAAGAGGACAAUCUUCGGCGCAGCUCGGCUCGGUUGGGGGCGUUCUACUGAACUUCGACCAAGAAACCUUUUCCUUCCAAGUGAUGGUGAACUUACUGCGAACUCCUCUACAUUCGCCAAAUUGGAGUAUAUCGUCAUGGAAUAGGGCAAUGAAUCAACAAAAAGCAUAUCAACAGCUCUUCCAAGAACCAGAUGUUCUGCGUCGACGAAGAGCAGCCUCUGAAUUCUUGAGAAGUCGACGACGUUUGUGA